GUUUGUCCUGAUACUAAUAGUUCAAAAUCAUCUGCUGAUUCUGAUAGUCCAAUAAAAUCACCUGACAUUACUCAUAGUAAUUUUGAGUCUUCUUCUGAUAGUGACUAUGAACCUGUAGCUGGUCCAAGCAACCCUCUACCUAGAACCUAUA